GAGAAGAAGGCGCAUUUCACACAUGAAGUAGUUGGAGCGGCGGCGGCUUUUGAAGCAUUGAAGGCUUAUAGACAUCAUCAGUCUGAGAAUGGAGGUGGAAGACCUACUCAUGCUAGGGGCAAGGAGAUGGUUGCUGGACUAUCCGCAGGCUACGUCGUGAAACUCAUUGAAGAAAAAGGUCUUCCAUUC